GGGGGGGGGACUUGGGGGACUUGGGGGGGCGAGGAAAAAAAAAAGACUAAACCGAAUUCCCUCUUCCUUUUUUCCUCCCCUGCUUCAAUCUCUCCCUCAUCCCUCCUCCCCGCCUUCCCACUAUAUCUCUCUGCCUUUCUCUGCCUUGUUCUCCCUCCUCUUUCUCCCCCCUCUGCCUCCCGUUUCCACCUCUCCCCUGACCUGACCCGCACCACCUUUCCAGUGGAGGACAGCAAGAUCGACAUCGGCGACUUUUUCAAGGGCGAUUUACCCAAGAAAUUCCUCAUGCUCCUGGGUCUGCUCGCGCUAUCCCGCGUGGGAAUCUACAUUCCCCUGUGGGGCGUCGAUAUCUCCGCCUUCCAGGAGCAACUGGGGGAGGGCUCAUUCCUGGCCACCCUAGACACGCUCUCAGGGGCGGGAUUGGACGGCUGGGAUUGUUUCUUCUACCUCCCCGCCAACGUGGCACUCAUUGCCUUCUUCAACUACUUCUACACCUUCCUGCAACUCGACCCUGCUGAUGUCAGCGACCAGCUCAAGAGGCAGGGUGCGUCCGUACCCAACACGAGGCCCGGCAAAGCAACAGCCGCACUCAUCACCAAGGUCCUCACCCGCAUUUCGGUGCUCGGGUCGGCGUUUCUCGGCACGAUGGCAGCAGCGCCGGCUCUUGUGGAAGGAAUCACUCACCUCACGGCCUUCCGGGGGUUUGCUGGAACGUCCAUCCUCAUUUUAGUCGGAUGCGCUACCGAUACAGCCAGGAAGGUGCAGGCGGAGCUGGUUUCGCAGAAGUAUAGGACGAUUGAGCUGGAUGAUAUCAGUGCGGGUGGUGGAGGGAUUCCGCCUCCUAGGUGGAUUCUAGGGACGACAGGCUCCAGCGUAGCAGCGCCUACCCGCCGCCGCUCCACCCGCCGUGACGGCGCCCACCGCGCUCACCAGGUAGCGCCGCGCGCGCUGCUGGCCGCGCGGACAGCACCGGCGAGCAUGCUGCACGCGGAGCAGGUCAGCGCGCCGUUCCCCCCUUUUCCCAUGCCUUUCCGCCUUGCGCAUGCAUGUCCGCCUUUCCCCUGCCUUUCCGCCUUGCCCAUGCAUUUCCGCCUUCCCCAUGCCUUUCCGCCUUCCCCAUGCCUUUCCGCCUUGCGCAUGCCUUUCCGCCUUGCGCAUGCCUUUCCGCCUUGCGCAUGCCUUUCCGCCUUUCCCAUGCAUUCCCGCCUUGCGCAUGCCUUUCCCCCUCUGCUCAUGCCGUUCUCCCUGCCCAUGCCUUUCCCCCUCUGCUCAUGCCGUUCUCCCUGCCCAUGCCUUUCCCCCUCUGCUCAUGCGUUGCCCCCUUUGCCCAUGCUUUGCCCCGUUUGCUCGUGCCGUCCGUUCCGCCAUGUCAGGGAGAUGGCGGGGGAGGGAGUCGCCACCUCCAUCGAGCUCACCAACUGCCGGCCACGACAUGGUAUUGAGGCCCGGGGCAGAGAUGGGGGGGGGGACUUGGGGGACUUGGGGGGGCGAGGGAAAAAAAAAAAGACUAAACCGAAUUCCCUCUUCCUUUUUUCCUCCCCUGCUUCAAUCUCUCCCUCAUCCCUCCUCCCCGCCUUCCCACUAUAUCUCUCUGCCUUUCUCUGCCUUGUUCUCCCUCCUCUUUCUCCCCCCUCUGCCUCCCGUUUCCACCUCUCCCCUGACCUGACCCGCACCACCUUUCCAGUGGAGGACAGCAAGAUCGACAUCGGCGACUUUUUCAAGGGCGAUUUACCCAAGAAAUUCCUCAUGCUCCUGGGUCUGCUCGCGCUAUCCCGCGUGGGAAUCUACAUUCCCCUGUGGGGCGUCGAUAUCUCCGCCUUCCAGGAGCAACUGGGGGAGGGCUCAUUCCUGGCCACCCUAGACACGCUCUCAGGGGGCGGGAUUGGACGGCUGGGAUUGUUUUCGCUGGGCAUCGUGCCGUAUAUCAACGCUCAGAUCGUGUUCCAGCUGCUGGGGACGCUGUACCCUAAGAUUGGGGAUCUGCAGAAGAAGGAGGGGGAGGCGGGGAGGAAGAAAGCGCAGCAGUACAUGAAGUAUAUGGCUGUGGCGUUCGGUGCCCUGCAGGAAGCAGAGCGGCGUUUCUUCUACCUCCCCGCCAACGUGGCACUCAUUGCCUUCUUCAACUACUUCUACACCUUCCUGCAACUCGACCCUGCUGAUGUCAGCGACCAGCUCAAGAGGCAGGGUGCGUCCGUACCCAACACGAGGCCCGGCAAAGCAACAGCCGCACUCAUCACCAAGGUCCUCACCCGCAUUUCGGUGCUCGGGUCGGCGUUUCUCGGCACGAUGGCAGCAGCGCCGGCUCUUGUGGAAGGAAUCACUCACCUCACGGCCUUCCGGGGGUUUGCUGGAACGUCCAUCCUCAUUUUAGUCGGAUGCGCUACCGAUACAGCCAGGAAGGUGCAGGCGGAGCUGGUUUCGCAGAAGUAUAGGACGAUUGAGCUGGAUGAUAUCAGUGCGGGUGGUGGAGGGAUUCCGCCUCCUAGGUGGAUUCUAGGGACGACAGGCUCCAGCGUAGCAGCGCCUACCCGCCGCCGCUCCACCCGCCGUGACGGCGCCCACCGCGCUCACCAGGUAGCGCCGCGCGCGCUGCUGGCCGCGCGGACAGCACCGGCGAGCAUGCUGCACGCGGAGCAGGUCAGCGCGCCGUUCCCCCCUUUUCCCAUGCCUUUCCGCCUUGCGCAUGCAUGUCCGCCUUUCCCCUGCCUUUCCGCCUUGCCCAUGCAUUUCCGCCUUCCCCAUGCCUUUCCGCCUUCCCCAUGCCUUUCCGCCUUGCGCAUGCCUUUCCGCCUUGCGCAUGCCUUUCCGCCUUGCGCAUGCCUUUCCGCCUUUCCCAUGCAUUCCCGCCUUGCGCAUGCCUUUCCCCCUCUGCUCAUGCCGUUCUCCCUGCCCAUGCCUUUCCCCCUCUGCUCAUGCCGUUCUCCCUGCCCAUGCCUUUCCCCCUCUGCUCAUGCGUUGCCCCCUUUGCCCAUGCUUUGCCCCGUUUGCUCGUGCCGUCCGUUCCGCCAUGUCAGGGAGAUGGCGGGGGAGGGAGUCGCCACCUCCAUCGAGCUCACCAACUGCCGGCCACGACAUGGGGGGGGGGGACUUGGGGGACUUGGGGGGGCGAGGGAAAAAAAAAAGACUAAACCGAAUUCCCUCUUCCUUUUUUCCUCCCCUGCUUCAAUCUCUCCCUCAUCCCUCCUCCCCGCCUUCCCACUAUAUCUCUCUGCCUUUCUCUGCCUUGUUCUCCCUCCUCUUUCUCCCCCCUCUGCCUCCCGUUUCCACCUCUCCCCUGACCUGACCCGCACCACCUUUCCAGUGGAGGACAGCAAGAUCGACAUCGGCGACUUUUUCAAGGGCGAUUUACCCAAGAAAUUCCUCAUGCUCCUGGGUCUGCUCGCGCUAUCCCGCGUGGGAAUCUACAUUCCCCUGUGGGGCGUCGAUAUCUCCGCCUUCCAGGAGCAACUGGGGGAGGGCUCAUUCCUGGCCACCCUAGACACGCUCUCAGGGGGCGGGAUUGGACGGCUGGGAUUGUUUUCGCUGGGCAUCGUGCCGUAUAUCAACGCUCAGAUCGUGUUCCAGCUGCUGGGGACGCUGUACCCUAAGAUUGGGGAUCUGCAGAAGAAGGAGGGGGAGGCGGGGAGGAAGAAAGCGCAGCAGUACAUGAAGUAUAUGGCUGUGGCGUUCGGUGCCCUGCAGGAAGCAGAGCGGCGUUUCUUCUACCUCCCCGCCAACGUGGCACUCAUUGCCUUCUUCAACUACUUCUACACCUUCCUGCAACUCGACCCUGCUGAUGUCAGCGACCAGCUCAAGAGGCAGGGUGCGUCCGUACCCAACACGAGGCCCGGCAAAGCAACAGCCGCACUCAUCACCAAGGUCCUCACCCGCAUUUCGGUGCUCGGGUCGGCGUUUCUCGGCACGAUGGCAGCAGCGCCGGCUCUUGUGGAAGGAAUCACUCACCUCACGGCCUUCCGGGGGUUUGCUGGAACGUCCAUCCUCAUUUUAGUCGGAUGCGCUACCGAUACAGCCAGGAAGGUGCAGGCGGAGCUGGUUUCGCAGAAGUAUAGGACGAUUGAGCUGGAUGAUAUCAGUGCGGGUGGUGGAGGGAUUCCGCCUCCUAGGUGGAUUCUAGGGACGACAGGCUCCAGCGUAGCAGCGCCUACCCGCCGCCGCUCCACCCGCCGUGACGGCGCCCACCGCGCUCACCAGGUAGCGCCGCGCGCGCUGCUGGCCGCGCGGACAGCACCGGCGAGCAUGCUGCACGCGGAGCAGGUCAGCGCGCCGUUCCCCCCUUUUCCCAUGCCUUUCCGCCUUGCGCAUGCAUGUCCGCCUUUCCCCUGCCUUUCCGCCUUGCCCAUGCAUUUCCGCCUUCCCCAUGCCUUUCCGCCUUCCCCAUGCCUUUCCGCCUUGCGCAUGCCUUUCCGCCUUGCGCAUGCCUUUCCGCCUUGCGCAUGCCUUUCCGCCUUUCCCAUGCAUUCCCGCCUUGCGCAUGCCUUUCCCCCUCUGCUCAUGCCGUUCUCCCUGCCCAUGCCUUUCCCCCUCUGCUCAUGCCGUUCUCCCUGCCCAUGCCUUUCCCCCUCUGCUCAUGCGUUGCCCCCUUUGCCCAUGCUUUGCCCCGUUUGCUCGUGCCGUCCGUUCCGCCAUGUCAGGGAGAUGGCGGGGGAGGGAGUCGCCACCUCCAUCGAGCUCACCAACUGCCGGCCACGACAUGGGGGGGGGGGACUUGGGGGACUUGGGGGGGCGAGGGAAAAAAAAAAGACUAAACCGAAUUCCCUCUUCCUUUUUUCCUCCCCUGCUUCAAUCUCUCCCUCAUCCCUCCUCCCCGCCUUCCCACUAUAUCUCUCUGCCUUUCUCUGCCUUGUUCUCCCUCCUCUUUCUCCCCCCUCUGCCUCCCGUUUCCACCUCUCCCCUGACCUGACCCGCACCACCUUUCCAGUGGAGGACAGCAAGAUCGACAUCGGCGACUUUUUCAAGGGCGAUUUACCCAAGAAAUUCCUCAUGCUCCUGGGUCUGCUCGCGCUAUCCCGCGUGGGAAUCUACAUUCCCCUGUGGGGCGUCGAUAUCUCCGCCUUCCAGGAGCAACUGGGGGAGGGCUCAUUCCUGGCCACCCUAGACACGCUCUCAGGGGGCGGGAUUGGACGGCUGGGAUUGUUUUCGCUGGGCAUCGUGCCGUAUAUCAACGCUCAGAUCGUGUUCCAGCUGCUGGGGACGCUGUACCCUAAGAUUGGGGAUCUGCAGAAGAAGGAGGGGGAGGCGGGGAGGAAGAAAGCGCAGCAGUACAUGAAGUAUAUGGCUGUGGCGUUCGGUGCCCUGCAGGAAGCAGAGCGGCGUUUCUUCUACCUCCCCGCCAACGUGGCACUCAUUGCCUUCUUCAACUACUUCUACACCUUCCUGCAACUCGACCCUGCUGAUGUCAGCGACCAGCUCAAGAGGCAGGGUGCGUCCGUACCCAACACGAGGCCCGGCAAAGCAACAGCCGCACUCAUCACCAAGGUCCUCACCCGCAUUUCGGUGCUCGGGUCGGCGUUUCUCGGCACGAUGGCAGCAGCGCCGGCUCUUGUGGAAGGAAUCACUCACCUCACGGCCUUCCGGGGGUUUGCUGGAACGUCCAUCCUCAUUUUAGUCGGAUGCGCUACCGAUACAGCCAGGAAGGUGCAGGCGGAGCUGGUUUCGCAGAAGUAUAGGACGAUUGAGCUGGAUGAUAUCAGUGCGGGUGGUGGAGGGAUUCCGCCUCCUAGGUGGAUUCUAGGGACGACAGGCUCCAGCGUAGCAGCGCCUACCCGCCGCCGCUCCACCCGCCGUGACGGCGCCCACCGCGCUCACCAGGUAGCGCCGCGCGCGCUGCUGGCCGCGCGGACAGCACCGGCGAGCAUGCUGCACGCGGAGCAGGUCAGCGCGCCGUUCCCCCCUUUUCCCAUGCCUUUCCGCCUUGCGCAUGCAUGUCCGCCUUUCCCCUGCCUUUCCGCCUUGCCCAUGCAUUUCCGCCUUCCCCAUGCCUUUCCGCCUUCCCCAUGCCUUUCCGCCUUGCGCAUGCCUUUCCGCCUUGCGCAUGCCUUUCCGCCUUGCGCAUGCCUUUCCGCCUUUCCCAUGCAUUCCCGCCUUGCGCAUGCCUUUCCCCCUCUGCUCAUGCCGUUCUCCCUGCCCAUGCCUUUCCCCCUCUGCUCAUGCCGUUCUCCCUGCCCAUGCCUUUCCCCCUCUGCUCAUGCGUUGCCCCCUUUGCCCAUGCUUUGCCCCGUUUGCUCGUGCCGUCCGUUCCGCCAUGUCAGGGAGAUGGCGGGGGAGGGAGUCGCCACCUCCAUCGAGCUCACCAACUGCCGGCCACGACAUGGUAUUGAGGCCCGGGGCAGAGAUGGGGGGGGGGACUUGGGGGACUUGGGGGGGCGAGGGAAAAAAAAAAAGACUAAACCGAAUUCCCUCUUCCUUUUUUCCUCCCCUGCUUCAAUCUCUCCCUCAUCCCUCCUCCCCGCCUUCCCACUAUAUCUCUCUGCCUUUCUCUGCCUUGUUCUCCCUCCUCUUUCUCCCCCCUCUGCCUCCCGUUUCCACCUCUCCCCUGACCUGACCCGCACCACCUUUCCAGUGGAGGACAGCAAGAUCGACAUCGGCGACUUUUUCAAGGGCGAUUUACCCAAGAAAUUCCUCAUGCUCCUGGGUCUGCUCGCGCUAUCCCGCGUGGGAAUCUACAUUCCCCUGUGGGGCGUCGAUAUCUCCGCCUUCCAGGAGCAACUGGGGGAGGGCUCAUUCCUGGCCACCCUAGACACGCUCUCAGGGGGCGGGAUUGGACGGCUGGGAUUGUUUUCGCUGGGCAUCGUGCCGUAUAUCAACGCUCAGAUCGUGUUCCAGCUGCUGGGGACGCUGUACCCUAAGAUUGGGGAUCUGCAGAAGAAGGAGGGGGAGGCGGGGAGGAAGAAAGCGCAGCAGUACAUGAAGUAUAUGGCUGUGGCGUUCGGUGCCCUGCAGGAAGCAGAGCGGCGUUUCUUCUACCUCCCCGCCAACGUGGCACUCAUUGCCUUCUUCAACUACUUCUACACCUUCCUGCAACUCGACCCUGCUGAUGUCAGCGACCAGCUCAAGAGGCAGGGUGCGUCCGUACCCAACACGAGGCCCGGCAAAGCAACAGCCGCACUCAUCACCAAGGUCCUCACCCGCAUUUCGGUGCUCGGGUCGGCGUUUCUCGGCACGAUGGCAGCAGCGCCGGCUCUUGUGGAAGGAAUCACUCACCUCACGGCCUUCCGGGGGUUUGCUGGAACGUCCAUCCUCAUUUUAGUCGGAUGCGCUACCGAUACAGCCAGGAAGGUGCAGGCGGAGCUGGUUUCGCAGAAGUAUAGGACGAUUGAGCUGGAUGAUAUCAGUGCGGGUGGUGGAGGGAUUCCGCCUCCUAGGUGGAUUCUAGGGACGACAGGCUCCAGCGUAGCAGCGCCUACCCGCCGCCGCUCCACCCGCCGUGACGGCGCCCACCGCGCUCACCAGGUAGCGCCGCGCGCGCUGCUGGCCGCGCGGACAGCACCGGCGAGCAUGCUGCACGCGGAGCAGGUCAGCGCGCCGUUCCCCCCUUUUCCCAUGCCUUUCCGCCUUGCGCAUGCAUGUCCGCCUUUCCCCUGCCUUUCCGCCUUGCCCAUGCAUUUCCGCCUUCCCCAUGCCUUUCCGCCUUCCCCAUGCCUUUCCGCCUUGCGCAUGCCUUUCCGCCUUGCGCAUGCCUUUCCGCCUUGCGCAUGCCUUUCCGCCUUUCCCAUGCAUUCCCGCCUUGCGCAUGCCUUUCCCCCUCUGCUCAUGCCGUUCUCCCUGCCCAUGCCUUUCCCCCUCUGCUCAUGCCGUUCUCCCUGCCCAUGCCUUUCCCCCUCUGCUCAUGCGUUGCCCCCUUUGCCCAUGCUUUGCCCCGUUUGCUCGUGCCGUCCGUUCCGCCAUGUCAGGGAGAUGGCGGGGGAGGGAGUCGCCACCUCCAUCGAGCUCACCAACUGCCGGCCACGACAUGGGGGGGGGGGACUUGGGGGACUUGGGGGGGCGAGGGAAAAAAAAAAGACUAAACCGAAUUCCCUCUUCCUUUUUUCCUCCCCUGCUUCAAUCUCUCCCUCAUCCCUCCUCCCCGCCUUCCCACUAUAUCUCUCUGCCUUUCUCUGCCUUGUUCUCCCUCCUCUUUCUCCCCCCUCUGCCUCCCGUUUCCACCUCUCCCCUGACCUGACCCGCACCACCUUUCCAGUGGAGGACAGCAAGAUCGACAUCGGCGACUUUUUCAAGGGCGAUUUACCCAAGAAAUUCCUCAUGCUCCUGGGUCUGCUCGCGCUAUCCCGCGUGGGAAUCUACAUUCCCCUGUGGGGCGUCGAUAUCUCCGCCUUCCAGGAGCAACUGGGGGAGGGCUCAUUCCUGGCCACCCUAGACACGCUCUCAGGGGGCGGGAUUGGACGGCUGGGAUUGUUUUCGCUGGGCAUCGUGCCGUAUAUCAACGCUCAGAUCGUGUUCCAGCUGCUGGGGACGCUGUACCCUAAGAUUGGGGAUCUGCAGAAGAAGGAGGGGGAGGCGGGGAGGAAGAAAGCGCAGCAGUACAUGAAGUAUAUGGCUGUGGCGUUCGGUGCCCUGCAGGAAGCAGAGCGGCGUUUCUUCUACCUCCCCGCCAACGUGGCACUCAUUGCCUUCUUCAACUACUUCUACACCUUCCUGCAACUCGACCCUGCUGAUGUCAGCGACCAGCUCAAGAGGCAGGGUGCGUCCGUACCCAACACGAGGCCCGGCAAAGCAACAGCCGCACUCAUCACCAAGGUCCUCACCCGCAUUUCGGUGCUCGGGUCGGCGUUUCUCGGCACGAUGGCAGCAGCGCCGGCUCUUGUGGAAGGAAUCACUCACCUCACGGCCUUCCGGGGGUUUGCUGGAACGUCCAUCCUCAUUUUAGUCGGAUGCGCUACCGAUACAGCCAGGAAGGUGCAGGCGGAGCUGGUUUCGCAGAAGUAUAGGACGAUUGAGCUGGAUGAUAUCAGUGCGGGUGGUGGAGGGAUUCCGCCUCCUAGGUGGAUUCUAGGGACGACAGGCUCCAGCGUAGCAGCGCCUACCCGCCGCCGCUCCACCCGCCGUGACGGCGCCCACCGCGCUCACCAGGUAGCGCCGCGCGCGCUGCUGGCCGCGCGGACAGCACCGGCGAGCAUGCUGCACGCGGAGCAGGUCAGCGCGCCGUUCCCCCCUUUUCCCAUGCCUUUCCGCCUUGCGCAUGCAUGUCCGCCUUUCCCUGCCUUUCCGCCUUGCCCAUGCAUUUCCGCCUUCCCCAUGCCUUUCCGCCUUCCCCAUGCCUUUCCGCCUUGCGCAUGCCUUUCCGCCUUGCGCAUGCCUUUCCGCCUUGCGCAUGCCUUUCCGCCUUUCCCAUGCAUUCCCGCCUUGCGCAUGCCUUUCCCCCUCUGCUCAUGCCGUUCUCCCUGCCCAUGCCUUUCCCCCUCUGCUCAUGCCGUUCUCCCUGCCCAUGCCUUUCCCCCUCUGCUCAUGCGUUGCCCCCUUUGCCCAUGCUUUGCCCCGUUUGCUCGUGCCGUCCGUUCCGCCAUGUCAGGGAGAUGGCGGGGGAGGGAGUCGCCACCUCCAUCGAGCUCACCAACUGCCGGCCACGACAUGGUGCCACUACGAAUUGCAGGGGGGGGGGGACUUGGGGGACUUGGGGGGGCGAGGGAAAAAAAAAAGACUAAACCGAAUUCCCUCUUCCUUUUUUCCUCCCCUGCUUCAAUCUCUCCCUCAUCCCUCCUCCCCGCCUUCCCACUAUAUCUCUCUGCCUUUCUCUGCCUUGUUCUCCCUCCUCUUUCUCCCCCCUCUGCCUCCCGUUUCCACCUCUCCCCUGACCUGACCCGCACCACCUUUCCAGUGGAGGACAGCAAGAUCGACAUCGGCGACUUUUUCAAGGGCGAUUUACCCAAGAAAUUCCUCAUGCUCCUGGGUCUGCUCGCGCUAUCCCGCGUGGGAAUCUACAUUCCCCUGUGGGGCGUCGAUAUCUCCGCCUUCCAGGAGCAACUGGGGGAGGGCUCAUUCCUGGCCACCCUAGACACGCUCUCAGGGGGCGGGAUUGGACGGCUGGGAUUGUUUUCGCUGGGCAUCGUGCCGUAUAUCAACGCUCAGAUCGUGUUCCAGCUGCUGGGGACGCUGUACCCUAAGAUUGGGGAUCUGCAGAAGAAGGAGGGGGAGGCGGGGAGGAAGAAAGCGCAGCAGUACAUGAAGUAUAUGGCUGUGGCGUUCGGUGCCCUGCAGGUCCUCACCCGCAUUUCGGUGCUCGGGUCGGCGUUUCUCGGCACGAUGGCAGCAGCGCCGGCUCUUGUGGAAGGAAUCACUCACCUCACGGCCUUCCGGGGGUUUGCUGGAACGUCCAUCCUCAUUUUAGUCGGAUGCGCUACCGAUACAGCCAGGAAGGUGCAGGCGGAGCUGGUUUCGCAGAAGUAUAGGACGAUUGAGCUGGAUGAUAUCAGUGCGGGUGGUGGAGGGAUUCCGCCUCCUAGGCGGCGGAUCCCUCCCGCACUGUGGGAGGGCCCUUAUUUCCUCCCUCCAGCAGGGACGACAGGCUCCAGCGUAGCAGCGCCUACCCGCCGCCGCUCCACCCGCCGUGACGGCGCCCACCGCGCUCACCAGGUAGCGCCGCGCGCGCUGCUGGCCGCGCGGACAGCACCGGCGAGCAUGCUGCACGCGGAGCAGGUCAGCGCGCCGUUCCCCCCUUUUCCCAUGCCUUUCCGCCUUGCGCAUGCAUGUCCGCCUUUCCCCUGCCUUUCCGCCUUGCCCAUGCAUUUCCGCCGCUUCCCCAUGCCUUUCCGCCUUCCCCAUGCCUUUCCGCCUUGCGCAUGCCUUUCCGCCUUGCGCAUGCCUUUCCGCCUUGCGCAUGCCUUUCCGCCUUUCCCAUGCAUUCCCGCCUUGCGCAUGCCUUUCCCCCUCUGCUCAUGCCGUUCUCCCUGCCCAUGCCUUUCCCCCUCUGCUCAUGCCGUUCUCCCUGCCCAUGCCUUUCCCCCUCUGCUCAUGCGUUGCCCCCUUUGCCCAUGCUUUGCCCCGUUUGCUCGUGCCGUCCGUUCCGCCAUGUCAGGGAGAUGGCGGGGGAGGGAGUCGCCACCUCCAUCGAGCUCACCAACUGCCGGCCACGACAUGGUGCCACUACGAAUUGCAGGUCCUGCUGACGUGGCAACAAGUGCUGACGUGGCAUGCUCUCUUGACAGGAGGCUGGCCAUGCCGCCCUGA